AUGGAUACAAGAUCUUUGGAGUACGAUAAAAGUAGUAACUACUCAAAUUGGAUACUUUUGCUGAUAUUUAUAAUUUCAUAUCUAUACAUUGCAAUUAAAGAUUAUUCAAAAUGGAGAGAAUCAGGAGGAAAGUCUUUUUUACAAGCUGUUUCUUCAACCACCAAUAACAACAAACAUUCUUUUCCAUUAAUUGAUAAUAAUUCUUCUAUACCUCCCCCACCCACCACAACUCCUUCUCCCUCUUUUUUAACUUUACCUUCUACUUCUUCCGACGCGCCCUCUUCGUCAGCCACAAUGACAAAAGCUUCAACCACCACCACCACUGCUAUUAAUGGAACAACAGCCACAACUAACUUAGCCACAACUAACGCCAUAUUAUUUGACAUAGAAAUGACAAAAACUUCAUUUUAUUCAAUUCUGACAUUAAUAGAACCAUUUAUUACAAAUAAUAAAGAAUUGUAUGAUGAAUGUUUAAAUGGAGUUUUAGAUAUUUGUAAAGACACGUUAAUCCAAAUAGAAACAAUCAUUAUUAAAAAGCCAAAUAGAAAACAACAGAUAGAAAAUUUACGAGAAUUUCAAGCGUUUAAAAAUUCUGAUGAAGACGACGACGAAAAUGAAGACGGAAACCACGAUUAUCAAGUUGAAUACAUCGAAUCAGAUUAUUUACAAGAUAUUGAACCAUCAGAAAUUAAAGGAAGCAAAAACCAUAUUAAAAAGAAAUUGUAUGUAAAUUAUAAAUUGGUUGCAGAGAAAAAAAUCGGAAAGUUGUUUAAAGAACAACAAUUGACUGAAUUGAAAAAAGAAAUUUUGUUUAUGCAAGAUUUAUCAAAGAAUUUCCAUAUUCUAGAUUUUUACGGAUAUUCUAAUAAUAAUAAUUCAAAAGAUUAUUUUGUCAUAUCUCAAUGGAUGCAAUAUAAUUUAAAAGAUUAUCUUGCCACAAAUCCAACAAUACCUUGGCCUACUAAAUUAUCAAUUUCUCGUGGAAUUGCUGAUGCUUUAACAUCUUGUCAUCAAAAAAGAAUUUUGCAUUAUAACAUCAAAAGUGAAAAUGUUUUAUUGGACGAGAAUUUACAACCAAAACUUUAUAAUUUUGGUACAAAAAAAGAAUUAUCUGUAAUGUUGAAAUCCGUAAAUAAUCUAAACAGUCUUUCGAUUGCUUGGUGUGCUCCUGAAGUACUGAGUAGUGAAAAUAUCAUUAAAAGCUAUAACUCUGCAAGUGAAGUAUAUAGCUUUGCGGUACUACUUUGGGAAAUUUCAUCACACAAAUUACCAUUUAAUCAGAUAACCUCAUCAAGAGACAUCACCACAAAAGUGUUGCUUGGUGAUAGACCUGAACCAAAAUGCGUUGAGGGAACUCCAAAGAAAUUUCAAUCAUUGAUUGAAAAAGGAUGGUCACAUCUUGCUAAUAAACGUCCAACAAUUCAAACAAUCUUCCAAUCUCUCAACACUUUUGAUCCAUCUACUUUCCAUAAUAUCAAUGGUGGUAAUGGUAACAAUGGUAAUAAAAGUGGAAUUAUUAAAUUAAUUGAAGGAAAAUCAAAACCAAAAAACAUUAAUAAGGAAAAUAAAACCAAAAUUGCUACUAGCAAUAGUAAUGGUAGUAAUAAUAGCAAUAAGAUUAAUGACAAGAAAAAGCUCAAUAGCGGUGCAGUAAAGAUCAUCACUAACACUAACACUGCACCAAAAAAUAGAACUAUCAGCAAUGGUAGUAGCAAUAUUCUAAGUAAAUCUCCACCAUCAUUAUCAAAGUCUCCACCAAAAUCUCCACCGAUCGCUUCAUCGUCUUCUUCGUCAUCAUCUAUUACAUCCUCGACCACAUCACGUGCCACAACGCCAGACAUUUUAUUUAGCAAUGAAGACGAAGAAGUAAAGAAUUCGAUUAAUCUUGACAAAGCAAUCAAAUACAAUAAUUCAAAACAAUUUUCAAAAGCAUGGGAAUUGUUUCAACAAGAAUUCAAAAAGAAACCAAACUCACCAGUGCUAAAAUAUUGGAUCGGCUUGUAUUAUUUAAAAGGUUAUCAUCAUCAUAACAACAACAAGAAAACAUUUACACCAGACCUCAAAAAAGCCGUUCAAUAUUUGAGUGAGUCGGCCAAGAAAAAUAAUCCAGAUGCACAAUAUUUGUAUGCGAUGACAAUAUUGAAUAAUGGAAUUGCAACUAAAGAACACGAAAAUAAUCGGUACAAGGUUGCGAUGAAGUAUUUGUAUAAAGCAAGUGACCAGAAACAUCCUUUGGCAAUGCAAAAAUUAGGAAGAUUCAUUCAAAGAGGACAAUUUGGCAAAGAUGUCGAUGUCAAAAUUGGUAAAGAGAUGAGAAGGUACAGCGAAAAUAGUAGAGGUGUUACUUUUGCUACUACAACUACUGCUAGUAAUAAUAGUAGCCUUAAUAUUCCCGGAAGUAAUAUUAGAAAAAAUAGAAAUUCAUUUGUGGCAACUACAAAUCCUAAUACCAGUUCUAAUAAUAUUAAUAAUUCAUAUAAACGACGUACUGUUCAUUAUUAA